AUGUCACUUUUCCGGAACUUCUGCCUGCUCUUUGUCCUGGUUAUCCUCUCGGUCAAGGGCGACGGCAAGCAAUUCGCAGAGAAGGGCGUCGCGCAGACGGCGUGCCUUGGCCCGACGAGCCUGGCACCUUCACAAAAUAGGCAAAAUACCCCUCAGCUUGAAGCAACUGAGUGUGGUUUACAGGAGGCUACAAUCCCAUCACUCUGGGGACAAAGCUUUCCUCCGCCGAAUUGUGAGCGCAAUGUCCUCUUCGACAGCUACCGGCUGGCUCUGCGGUCAAUGCCGCAAAAUGAAAUCGCCGAAUGCCUGGUACUGCGACCUUUGUGGCAACUCCUGGGAAGAUUGUGCUGUACCCACAGCCAACCAGAGCAGUUCUACAUGGGCACAGCCGAACAAGAAACAAAGAGAGAAGAGCCAAAAGCAAAGGCGACCAUGCAAAUUGCCUCCCCGCCACCGCCACCUCCUCCUAUGCUGGCGCCAAAUCAAGCGCAAUGCCACGCACCAUGGAUGCCACAGCAGAUGCCUCAACAGAUGCCCCACAUGAACAUGAUGCCUUUCAUGCCGCCUCAGCUGGAUCAGCAAGUGAUGCAAACUGUCCCACAGCAGUCUGCCAUGAUGCCUGCGGAUCUGGAAGACUACAAAAUGGAGAUGAGUGCGCAGACCAAAUUGAACAAGAUCAUGAAGGCGGCCAAGAAAGAGGAUCAUCUAUCACCGGAAUUCCAGUCAUUGGUUGCAACAGAACGAAAGAAAGACGACAAAGAAAGCACCAGCAACCUUCUGGCCGCGGUGAAGGCACAUGGAAAAGCAAAAGAAGCGCUCAUGGAGGUGGAAAACUCGCGCAUGCAGCUGUGGUCGCAAUGGCGUGUAUUUCUUCAAGCCUCUGUGACAAAGUGGAAGGAAUACACUGCACAGUUUCAAGCAUCCGAGACUGCCUUUCAACAUCAAAUGCAGAGUGCCACAUUGAAUCUGAGGAAAGCCCAAAAGAGAGUCGACCUUGCCAAAAAACGUGCAGAUGCAGUUGGCAAGGACGACGAGCCACAGGAGAUCUCCGACGACGACUUCGACGAGAACGAGCCCGACAUGCAGGACGAAGCCGAAGUGCCCAGAGACGAGAAUGCGCAACGCAUUCAAGAGGGACUACAUCAAGUCGUCACGAGCCUCUCAGUUCUCUCAGAGUCCGCAGAGAAACUGGAGCCGAAGUCGAAGAGACCAAGAAUCAAGGAAGAAGAAGAAGCUCCUCCUGGCUCACGGGCAAUGCAGCCUUUUGGCAUGGCCGAUUGCGACAACAGCUUUGAUGGGAGUGUCGAGCUGAAGGAGUUCCUGCCCUAUGUCAAGCACCUCGAGGACGACAAGAAGGUGCUCAUGAUCUGCGAGGAGGAGUCACAACGGUCUACUUGCCUGGGAGAGUCCUUGCUUCAGUUGAAGCCACAACAGAGGAGAGCGAGCUCAAGCUGCACGAGGAAGGAGGCGAAGAAGAAAGCCCUAAAGCCUCCAGCUCCAGUCUUGAUGAGGAAGAACUACAAGGUCUUCAUGUUUUCCGCCUUGGACAUCCAGGAGUGGAACGAGGAUGAUCUCUUCCCACGUGAACUGCAACAUGGCACGUACCUCAAGAUCGAAGUCACUGCCGAGCCGCAGACGCAAGUGUGUCCCCCACAACAUGUGCCAGACAAAGCAAAGCAGAAGGGACCUGAUACACCACACAUCCAUGGUCCUGACCACCACCAUGAGGCGACCUCUCUCAUGCAGCGUCCACUGCAACAUCAAGAUCAGCGCUGGGGCCCAAUGAGCCACAGCGCAAUGUUCCCCAGCCUUGCAGGACGCCCUACAGUGGGUCAUGGAGAAAGCCAACACCAAAGCAAGAUUGUACAAGAACAAGCUCCAAAGUGGAUGCAUCCAGUGAAAAUGACAUUCUUGGAGUGCGCAGCAAUCGAAUUUGAUGAUGAAGGCCCGGUGUUAUACUGGAAGACAUGGUUUCUCCAUCACCAACGAUAUACCCGGAGCUUUGAAUCUCGCACCUUGCGCCUCGAUGCUGCACACAAAUUCUGGUUCCAGGAGCUUUGUGACCUUUGGGCAGACGCCAUGGAUCCUCAUCUACCUGCCAGAGUUGCUUUUGUUCAUCCAAAGCCACCAAUGUCUGACAAUGACCAGCACGUGGGACAUCUGAUCUUGGUGCAGGGCCAAGGCAGGGAACUUCCUGUCCUUAUGACUGCGCUGUUUGACCACCCACUUCAUCGUCGAGUGUGGCACCUCGCAGCAUUGCAGCUGGAAUAUGUUGAACCAGAGAAUGUCUUUGACGAUCUGGGCAUUGCCAGAUGGUGCAACAGAAUACACUGCCGUAUUCACAUUGGAGAAGUUCCAUUUGGCCAACAUGAACUUGUACAUUUACAAGAAGGAGACAGCCUAGUCAUCACCAUCCCGAGUGUGCAGCGGAGUUCUAGAACAGAAGGAAUCUCUCUCAUGCAAAGAGGAUUGAAGAUCAAAAGCAAACAGCCCAUUCAAUACAUGCAGACGGGGUCUGCUCAAAACCCCUCUGUAGCCCAAGCAUGUGGAGAAUUCCAACUGAAUCCUGCAGCGGCACCUUUUGAUCCCAAUCGACCUGGCUUGCGGGCACUUUCAGAGUUCGAGGCCGACCUCUGGGUUCAAUGGGACCAAGAAGCCUUCGCAUGGGACGACGAGGAAAGAUCAUGUACCAUUCUUACAUGGUUCAUUGACCACACAUGGCACUGGCCGCAUUGUGACCACCCACGUCGACUACAGCUCUACGAAGACCAUCGACAAUGGGAAGAGCUGAUUCUGAGGAGAUGGCAAGAUGUUCGAGAUCCCAGAUCACCAUUUGAGCUUUAUGUAGUUGAUCCGAGACCACCAGCACUCAACAAUGACAUUGCGGCGCACGUCCUCAUCAUACAAAAGCCCUUUGACGCAUGGAUCACAAAUCUUGCCACCAUUAUUGAUUCGACACAAGGUCAACAUCAGCCAUUUGGUCAGAUUGCCAUCACUACACAUGAGCACGUCCGAGUUGAGGCCAUUCUGACAGCCACAUCGCUGGAACGAGUCUGUCUCUACCAAUCUGCAGUGCUAAAUUGUCAGGUUUGGUUUCAAGGAGUACAGCUCCCACCAGGCGUUCUCUUCCCUGGACGAAGUGGCACUGGCAUCGAAAUUUAUCUCUGGCCGAAAUCACCUACAGCUCCUCAAGCUGAAGGACAUGGCUUCCUACAAAUUCCAAGCAGAAGACGCAGAGAGGAAGAGCGCCGAACAGGCAGUGCGGUGGCUCAAGCCUGCCGGCCUUCCCCUGUUACACUUCAGCUUUCCACUAUCAUCAAAGAAGAGGACUCACCAAUUGCACAAGAACCACAAGAACACACAUGGGGAGUCAAGCUACAAGCAGGACACCCAGACAUCAUUGUGCCCGAGUACCUUGAAGUACCAUUUGAAGCAGGAAAAGCUCGCCUCAAGAUGAUUGAGAUUGAAGUCCCGCCAUGGAAGACGGAUAUUGAGACUCAUGAGACUACAGUCAGGCGACAAUUGCAGUCAGCCAUGCAGGUCAAAGACAAGCUGCGCAAAUCUCGACCCAAGAAGGCCUACCUUGACGCAGACACAUGGGCAAUCAGGACACAACUGCUGAAGUACCGCAAGUCGCUCAAGCAAACGCGAAAAGCACUUGCCCGUGAAUCGCUUUACAGAAUGUUUCGAGCAUGGUCAGGCCAUCUCACCGUGGUUCAUGCAGGUGAGUCUUUUGCCUAUGGAACGACUUUGAGGGCUUCACAAGUGCGCACUAUGGCAGGAUACUGUAAGCUACGCGUUGCCCUGCGAUCUCAUUUACAGUCUUCCAAGCAGCGUCUGAUGAAGCAGAGGUCUUCUAUGAGUCCCUGA